CCCAGUACUGAAAAAAACAAGUCAACCAGGGGAAAUCUAGGAUGUCUUUUAUUGGUUUUAGUUUAAGGCAGGGUCUCACUAUGUAGUUCGGCCUGGCCUUAAACUCAGUAUGUAGCAUAGGCUGAUCUCAAACUCAUAAUGAUCCUGCCUCCGCCUCCAAGUGCUGAGUUUAUAGGUGUCUACCAGCACACCCUGCUCCCCAAGGUCAGCACCUCUGAUUUGGGAUUGGCCCUGCCUGAAGGCAUUGUGAGUCAUAGCUGGUAGACAAGAGCUGAGAGAUUCAGAGAUGGGGUUGGGCCUAGGACAGCAGGGUGGCACCUCUACCACAUCUUCCAGGUGAGGCACCGCAUGCCACAAGGGUUGUGGGGAGGAACCCCCUGCGCCCCUGGCUCGCCCUGGUCGCUCCGGAGCCCUGGCCCCCGCACCCUGGAGGCCUGCGCCUGCCUGGCUCUCGGCCCCGCCGGCCGCCUGUGGGCGCAGCUGCGGCGGCUCUGCGCCGACCACGUCUCGCGGCGCUUCUCGCCGCGGCGGCCCCCUCUGCGCCGCUUCUCCUCCAUGUCCACCUUCUACCUGCUGGACCUCCGCACGCGGCAGGCCGAGCUGGGCCUGGACUACGGCGCGCCGCGCAUGCGCCUGGGCGACGCGGCCCUGGUGUUCCGCGGCGGCCGCUGGGCGGCGGAGGGCCCGCAGCUUGCGGGUGGCGUGUGCCCCGUGGUAGAGCACUUGCUUGGCGAGCACGGGACCCUCGGCUCAAGCUCUAGCGCCAGAAACGGCAAAAUGGAACUCUUGGACGCGGAGGAGUGA